AUGCUGCAGAAUGGGAAGAAGUUUGACUCUUCUCGAGACAGAAACAAGCCCUUCAAGUUCAAGAUCGGGCGACAGGAAGUCAUCAAGGGCUGGGAGGAAGGAAUCGCACAGGUGAGAUGGCAUUGUCGUACAGCAGAAAGUGCCACUCCAUCUCUGCACUCAUGAUAUUUUAUGUUAAUAUUGCAACACAUGAUAAGCAAGUGUUGACAAUUCCUCUACUUGUUGUCUUCCUCCCUUUCUGUCUCCCCCAGAUGAGCGUGGGCCAGCGGGCAAAAAUCACCUGCACGCCGGAUAUGGCCUAUGGAGCCACAGGUCACCCUGGUGUCAUCCCCCCCAACGCCACCCUCAUCUUCGACGUUGAGCUCCUUAAGCUGGAGUGA